AUGGAUGGCAAGAAGCUGCCGUAUGAACAGUUAAUGUGGAAAAGCAUAAAUAAGACCCGUGAAAAGGUGCUGAAUCUUCCCUUUCAGACACAGAAUGAAAACAAGUCUCGGAGCUCAGUCAAGAUUGAAAAGAAUGAUCUCCAAGUAGAGGACAGCAAAAACAUUACAACACCAUUCAAAGUAAAGAUAUCCUUGAAUAAGAAUUGCAGAGUUCUUUUGAAGCCUUCAAAUAAGCUAAUUGCUCUUGUCUUAUCUAAACUUCCCCGUUCUAGCUACGAUACAAAGUCAAAUGAGUGGACGUUUGAUGUUGAAUACUACGAAGAAGUAGUAAAAGAACUGGUCAAGAGCAAAAUAAUAUUUGAUAAAAUACCACAAGGAACAAUAACUUUGGCAAAAAGAACAUACAAAAAUGAUUCUUAUGAUUUGCAAGGUGGAAUAUAUGAUAUUUUAAUGGCUUUUCAACGUGAAGCAGUAAAUUUUGCUAUUAAUAGAAAUGGAAGAAUCCUCCUGGCAGAUGAUAUGGGACUUGGAAAGACUAUUCAGGCAUUGGCUAUCGCCAAUUAUUACAAAUUGGAGUAUCCCCUCUUGAUUUUAUCACCUGCUUCUCUGUGUUACAAUUGGCUUGAUUCAGUGCAACGAUUUUUAAGCGAAGAGGCUUGUAUAAUCAGAGAAAAAACUGAUUUUGGAUGUAGAAUAGCUAUCAUGAGCUAUAACCUUGCAGUGAACUUCAUAGAUGUACUUAAUACAUGCAAGUAUGGCGUUAUAAUAUGUGACGAAUGUCAUUAUUUGAAAUCUAUGAAUUCAAAAAGAACAAAAUUACUUCUACCCUUACUCCAGAAGUCCUCCAGGCUUAUUAUGAUCUCAGGUACUCCAGCUACAAGCAGACCUCUUGAGCUAUAUCCAAUCAUCUGCGCUUUAGAUAGGGGUCUCUAUCCAUCAUUUCAGGUAUAUGGAUCCCGUUAUUGUGAUGGAAGAAAAAUUGGUACAUUCUUUGAUUAUCGGGGAUGCAGCAAUGCAGUAGAGCUAUCAGCUGUCAUUGAAAAAGCAUUUAUGAUAAGAAGAGUGAAAGAUAAUGUACUUAACCAAUUACCUAAAAAAUUCCGUCGACAGAUUUUCUUGGAUACUAGAGCAUCUGAAAGCACAACACUGAAGAAAGGUGAAUUAUUUGGUGAUAAUUUAGAUACUCGGAUAAUGCAAGAAUACAAUCAAGCCUCCAUUAUUAAAAGAGAGCCUGUUAUAAAGUACAUGGAAGGUAUAAUAGAGAAGAAAAUUAAAUGUAUUGUAUUUGCUCACCAUAAAGAGAUGCUAGAUGCACUUGAGAGUUUUUGUGUGGAAAAACAAAUAAAGUAUAUAAGGAUUGAUGGAGCCACACAGUCUACAAAGAGACAAAAUUUGGUAGACAUGUUCCAAAAUGAUGAGAAUAUAAGAAUAGCAAUCCUAAGCUUGACUGCUUGUUCGACGGGACUGACUCUUACCUCGGGCAAAGCUGUAAUAUUUGCAGAGCUGUAUUGGAAUCCGGGAACUAUGUUACAGGCAGAGGAUCGUGUUCAUAGGAUUGGACAGUGUGAUAAUGUUGAUAUUCACUAUCUUGUGGCAAAGAAUACAAUUGAUGAAAUGGUAUGGCCUAAACUUCUCAAGAAACUGACUGUUUUAGAGAGUCUUGGUAUUAGUAAAAAUGAGCUAAGACACGUAAAAGGAACAAAUGUAGACGAACCAGUACAACAAAGACUAGAAUUUAAGAGAAUAGAUUAA